AAUUUGUUUUAUCUAUUCAUACAUACACUACAUAUAGUGCACAAAAUUCAAAGUAAAAAAUAACACAACAUGGCAGCCGUAGCUGAGAGUUUCAGUGAGAAGAGAUGGUCUCUCAAGGGCCUCACCGCUCUCGUUACUGGCGGAACCAAAGGAAUUGGAUUUGCUAUAGUAGAGGAGCUAGCAGGACUUGGGGCAGCGGUUCACACCUGUUCUCGUACGGAAACGGAGUUGAAUGAGAGAGUUCAAGAAUGGAAGAGCAAAGGUUAUGAGGUUACUGGUUCGGUUUGUGACCUAACUGUUAGAGCCCAAAGGGAAGACCUCAUUAACACCGUCUCUUCAAUUUUUGAUGGCAAGCUCAGCAUACUAGUAAACAACGCGGGAACGGUGGCGAUAAACAGUGCUACGAAGUACGGUGCUGAAGAGUACUCAAAUAUGAUGAGCACCAAUGUUGAAUCUCCUUAUCAUCUAUCUCAACUUGCUCAUCCUCUUUUGAAGGCUUCCUCAAACGGAAGCAUUGUUUUCAUUUCCUCCAUUGCUGGUGUCAUUGCUCUACCUAAACUCUCUGCCUAUGCCGCGACCAAAGGAGCAAUAAACCAAAUUACAAAGAAUUUUGCUUGUGAAUGGGCUAAGGACGGCAUUCGCACCAACAGCGUGGCGCCAUGGGGAGUCAGAACCCGAGUCCAAGCUGAAGAUCAGGCACCUCGUGACGAUGAAUUCUUACCCGUGUUUAAGAGAACGCCAAUCCUUCGUCUUGCAGAACCUAAUGAAAUUUCGUCACUAGUGGCAUUCCUUUGCCUUCCAGCUGCUUCAUACAUCAAUGGUCAAGUUAUCAGUGUCGAUGGAGGACUUACAGCCGGGGGUUAUUAACCUCAUUAGAUCUCAGUAUAAGUAUAAUGUUUCGUAAAUUUGAAAUAAAAAAAGGGAUAAUAUUCCCUUGUAUUUAUAUUAUUAUUGCGCAUAUAUAAUUGUCACAUUAUAUAAGCUUUGAACGUGACAAAACAAAAUAAUGUAAUUUUAUGUUCAGUGUAACGUCCUACUAAUCCAGGACUGUUACAUUGUGUAUUAAAAUUUGUGCUUAACUCUUAAAUGAGUUAUUUGGACUAAAAA